AUGAAAGGACGAUACAUCGUCUCAUGGAAUAACAUCAUAAACGCAUACCGCAGACAUGGGUUUCCUCAGGAGGCACUCAAAUUGUUUCACCAAAUGCAACGAACAGCUCUCGAACCUAAUCACUUGACUUUUUCCAGCGUACUUUCAGCCUGUGCCAAAAUGGGAGCUUUGAGACUGGGUAAGGAUAUCCAUCACAUAAUGAAAAGGGGGAUUUUCUCAAAUGUCGUAGUUGCAACAGCCCUGAAAGACAUGUACACAAAAUGCGGAAGAGUGCACAAGGCAAUCGUACUGUUUGGCCAAAUGCAACGAACAGGUCUUCAGCUUAAUCAGUUCACCUUUUCCACCGUAGUCUCAGCCUGUGCCGAAAUUGUUGCUUUGAAACGGGGCAUGGACAUCCAUCGAAGCAUAAUGGAAAGUGGGUUUUUCUCAAAUGUUGUAGUUGCAACAGCACUGAUGGACUUUACGCAAAAUGUGGAAGUUCGCACAAGGCACGCAAAGUUUUUGACGAAAUGUUUCAAAGAAAUGACUUCUCAUGGACUGCAAUAA